GCCUGGUUUGUACGCAUGUCAACUUCUUAUUGGACAUUGGCAGCCUUGGAAACCCAGCCACGGGCAGCCAAGUACGGUAUCAUUACACGGCGUGUCGUCAAUAGUAUUAACCACACCAGGUGGCAGGCUCUCUCAUUACUUUGCAAACAAGGCUCACUCUCACUCUCACUUCCUCUUCCUCUUCCUCUUCCUCUUCAAAUUACGCCCAACACUUUCUCUCUCCUCCUCAUUUUCUCUCUCUCUUCACACCUCUUCGUCUUCGUCUUCUUCUUCUUCUCCUUCACUGAGCUCCUCUGCAUUUCAAGCUAGCUUUCGGAGAGGCAAGUAACUAGCUAGCUUCGGCUCUUUAGUUUUGGAGAAGCGCAGCUUCGAGCUUACAGAGAAAUGGAUGGAAGUAAUUCUAGUGUAGAUGACAAUGAUGUUGACUGGAACACAGAUGAUGAAAUCGACAACUUCACUCUCUCGCCUUCUUCGAGUGUGAUACAUCCUUGUGGAGAAGCUAAUGUGCUCUCUUGGGAGGUGAGCUCAGCUCCAACUUCUUCCAAUACCAAAGUUCUUGAUCAGUUUAUAGCGAUGGGAUUUUCUAAGAAGAUGGUUGCCAAUGCAAUUCAGAAACAUGGAGAAGAAAAUGCAGAUGCAAUUUUGGAAAUGCUCCUCACAAAUUCGGCUCUAGAAAGUUCAACUCAUGAACAGAAACAAAUGGAUUCUGAUCACUUCUCAGAUUAUGUGGAAAGCUUUCUAGAUGGUUUUUCAGAUAUGGAUAGCUGUGAUGAUGAGGAAAUCAUAAGUCAUACAUUUGAGGAGGAAAAACUAAUGUCCUUGAUCACAAUGGGGUACACAGAAGAGGAGGCUUCCGUGGCAGUAGAAAGAUGUGGUCAUAACUCCUCACUUCUGGAAUUGACUGAUUUUUUAUCUGCUGCUCAAUUGGCAAAGGAAGAAGAUGCCCUUCUUCCUCUUGAAGAGAAGCCCAGACUAAAACAUGUGCACACUGAUCCUAAGAAGAAGAGGAAAAUUAUUGUAUCUGAUAUAUCGAAAAGGAAAAGGCAGAUGGGGCACAUAGACACAGAUACUGAGACACUUUGCCUCCCAAAUCCAAUGAUUGGGUUUGGGAUUCCAACUGGAGCAUGGAAAUCUAACAGAAUUCUUCCAAAGGCAGCCAUAGGGCCUCCAUAUUUUUAUUAUGAGAAUGUCGCCCUUACUCCUAAAGGGGUUUGGGACACUAUAUCCAAAUUCCUAUAUGAUGUUCCCCCUGAGUUUGUUGAUUCAAAACAUUUCUGUUCUGCUGCUAGAAAAAGGGGUUACGUCCAUAAUCUUCCUACUGAGAACAGAUUUCCUCUUGUUCCGCUCCCCCCACAAACCAUACAUGAGGCAUUUCUUGACAAAAAAUGGUGGCCUUCUUGGGACAUAAGAACAAAGCUAAACUGUAUAGUAACUUGCUAUUCUAGUGCAAAGUUAUCAGAGCGGAUAAUGAAGCUUCUCGAGGGCUGUGAUGGCAUUCCACCAGAAAGAGUCCAGCGGGCUGUUAUACAUGAAUGCCGUAAGUGGAAUCUAUUGUGGGUUGGAAGAAAUAGGGUUGCCCCACUUGAGCCUGAUGAAGUGGAAAUGCUCAUGGGGUUUCCAAAGGAUCACACAAGGGGAAUGAGCCGCACUGAUAGAUACAAAUCGCUUGGCAAUGCAUUUCAGAUUCACACUGUGGCAUACCACUUCUCAGUCUUGCGAGACAAGUUUCCAAAUGGUAUAAAUGUCCUCUCUCUAUUCUCCGGGAUAGGUGGAGCAGAAGUAGCCCUCCAUCGUCUUGGAAUCCAUAUGAAGAAUGUGGUGUCCGUAGAGAUAUCAGAAGUGAACAGAAACGUUGUGAGGUGUUGGUGGGAGCAAACAAACCAGACGGGAAAUUUGAUUCACCUUGCUGAUGUAAAGGAGCUAGAUGCUAACAGAUUGGAACAGUUGAUGUUUUCAUUCGGUGGCUUUGAUCUUGUAGUGGGUGGGAGCCCCUGCAAUAAUCUAACAGGCAGCAAUAGAUAUCAUCGAGAUGGACUCGAGGGCAAAGAAUCUUCACUUUUCUAUCACUACUUUCGAAUUCUGGACUUGGUCAAGUCUAUUAUGGCAGGAUAAACAAAGUGGAUGUAAAAUCUAUUUGGUUCGUGGUACUUUUAUCUAAUCCCUCCUAACACCUGAACAUUGACAACCAAGACAAUAGAAAAGGUUUUGGGUUGCUUUGUGGAUAACAAAUUAAUUAAUUGUCAAAAAGGGCUCAUAUGGCCUUGAUUAGUAACUCAACUCAGCUAAUUGCUUCAGACAUGGCUUUACUUGGUUUCUUUCAUAACCCUAUAGCAUAUGCAGCCAAUGUGUUGGAGACAAAACAUGAGUGGAAAGAGUUUGUUUACAUACACAUGCAUGGAAUUCAGUAGUUAUGCUAUUUAUUUUCAUGUACGUAAAUUUCUUCUUUUCCCUAAAUGUAAGCAUAAUAAUUCGCUUUAUGCUUCAUGCAUCUAGUUAUUCUUUACAUUCAAAAAAGAAAACUCAUCUCUACAAUAACAUUUCUUUAAUUUUCUCCAUGAACUUAUAGGAAAAAUUAAUAAUCUAUCAUAAAUUAGUUGGUUUAAUUUCCUUCUUGAAAGCUAGUCCUUAUUUUACGGGGGUAAAUCUUCUAUAAUUUGAAUAAAUAUUCCAAAAGAAAAUGUCUACCAAAAUAGAAACACACUAUUUUUUAUUCUCUCUAUUCUCUAUGACGAAAAAUAAUGCGAUUAUGUGAAAGG